AUGGUGGUGGACAGGACGAUACUAUUCAAGGGCCAUGUGAAGAAAGCGGCAGCCAGAGCAGCGGAGAUCGGGAAACAGCUGGCGAGGAUCAUGCCGAACCUGGGAGGGCCACGAGAGGACCGACGGCGGCUCCUGUCGUCGGUGGUGCACUCGGUGCUCCUAUACGGUGCCCCCAGCUGGGCACAAACGCUGGAGAUCGUGCCAGGAAACGUCCGGACCCUGAAUAGAGCCCAACGGAGAGUUCUUCUCCGGUGUGUCUGCGCGUACCGAACCGUCUCCGAGGCAGCCACGAACGUGAUCUCAUCAACGCCACCCGCAGACCUCCUGGCGAAAGAGAGAGAGGCAAUGUUCGACCGGAGACGGGAUCCCGCGUUACCCACGGCAGGAAAAGACCCAAGAAGUAACACCAUGGUGACAUGGCAGGAGAGAUGGUCGACGGAGGAAUCAGGCAGCUGGACUAGGAGGCUGAUCCCAGACGUCCGUCGGUGGUGCGCCAGGAGCCACGGGCUGACAACCAGCUUUCACUUGACGCAGUUCUUGUCGGGUCAUGGUUGUUUCGGCCAGUAUCUGCACCGGAUCCGAAAGUUGGACAACCCAAGUUGUGUGGACUGUCUCGCUCCAGUUGACGACGCAGAGCACGCAUUCUUCCAGUGCGACAGAUGGUGGCGUCGGAGAAUGGAGCUGAAAGCUACAAUCAACGAUCCAUUCACUCCCGAGACCGUGGUGGGGAAGAUGCUGGAGUCACGGUACAACUGGACGGCAGGUUAG